UUUAUUGUAUUGUGGGAUGUCAAUGCGAUGACAGAUACGUUUUAUUUUUCUUUUGACUGAAAGUUUUAAAUUUAAUAAAAUGUUGCAAAGAUAUAUUAGUAAAAAUUUGUGUAGUAAAUUAUGUAGCAGACAGAGAAAUAUAUUAUUUAAUUUAACACUUCAAGGCCAUUCCUGUAAACAAUGCGGAUUUAAGUUAUAUUCUAGUCACAAAGUUCAAGCAUUACGAAAUAAUAAUGAAAGAAGUUUAUUACACGGGAAUAAUAGAUUUUUACUAAAGUUAAGAUACUACACUAGCCAGGUGGACACUCAAAAGAAAAAUGGACGCGUCGAAACCAUCAAAGAUAAUACGGAGAUAGCGACCUCAAAAAAGAUUAAUGUAAAGUUAAAACCAUCCGAGUUAAAAAGACUUUUAUCUUUGGCAGAGCCAGAAAAAUGGACCCUUACUGGUGCUAUUGGUUUAUUAUUUAUAUCAUCUAGUGUUACAAUGGCUGUGCCAUUCUCAUUAGGUAUGGUGCUGGAUAUAAUAUACAGUGGCACAAAUGAUCUAGUGACUGCUAGAGAAAAGCUCGAUGAAUUAUGCUUGGUGCUUUGUGGAGUUUUUCUUGUUGGCGGCCUUUGCAACUUUGGCCGAGUGUACUUGAUGUCAAUAUCUGGGCAGAGAAUGACGCAGUCACUUCGAAAAAAAGUUUUCUCAUCAAUUAUGCGGCAAGAACCAGCGUGGUUUGGUAGAACAUCAACUGGCGAGCUUGUGAAUAGACUAUCGGCAGACACACAAUUAGUGGGCCGAAAUCUUAGUUCAAAUGUUAGUGAUGGUCUACGGUCGCUCUUCAUGGUAGGAGCUGGGACAGGCAUGAUGUUCUACAUGUCACCAUCCCUAGCUUUGAUAGGAUUAUGCGUAGUUCCGCCAGUAUCGAUGCUUGCUGUUAUCUAUGGUCGAUUUGUUCGAGGCAUCACUAGACAGCUUCAAGAUGCACUAGCUGAAACCAGCGAGCUUGCUGAAGAAAAGAUUUCUAACAUCAAAACUGUGAAAGCAUUUAGCAAAGAAAAGAAAGAAUGUGAAUCAUAUGCUCAACGAAUUGAAACUUUACUUCAAUUGGCCUACAAGGAGUCCUUAGCAGUUGGAAGUUUCUAUGGCUUGACGGGUUUAUCAGGCAACACUAUAAUAAUCUUGGUGCUUUACUAUGGUGGUGGUAUGGUGGCGACAGAACAGAUGACCGUUGGAAACCUCACAUCUUUCCUACUAUACGCUGCAUAUGUUGGCAUAAGUAUUGGUGGCCUCAGUAGUUUUUAUACUGAAUUGAAUAAGGGUAUGGGUGCUGCUACGAGGCUCUGGGAAUUAAUGGAUAGGGAACCAAAAAUAUCAACAUCAGGAGGCUUAAGGCCAAAAGAAAGACCGAAAGGGGAACUUAUAUUAGAGAAUAUAAAUUUUUCUUACGCUGGAGCUCCUUUGAUUAAGGGUCUCACUUUACAUCUGUUACCUGGAAAGAACGUUGCUCUAGUGGGAAGAUCUGGCUGUGGCAAGAGUACAAUAGCAUCUCUUAUAUUAAGGCUAUAUGAUCCUGAUAGUGGGAGGGUACUGUUGGAUGGAGUAGAUAUAAGGCACUUGGAUCCAGUUUGGUUAAGAAGUCACAUAGGAUUUGUUAGUCAGGAACCUGUUCUUUUUAGUGGAAGUAUAAAAGAAAACAUAUUAUACGGCGCUCUCGAUGAUUGCGAAACAUCGGAAGAAGGAAAGGAGGCGCCGUGGCUGGUGGCGGCGCGCGCGGCGCAGCUGCAGGAGGUGGCGGGCGGCGCGGGCGCGGGCGCGGCGGGCUGGCGGCGCCAGGUGGGCGCGCGCGGCUCGCAGCUCAGCGGCGGACAGAAGCAGCGCGUCGCCAUCGCGCGCGCCAUCGUCAAGAAUCCAAAAAUCCUCAUACUCGACGAAGCUACCUCAGCAUUAGAUACAUAUUCAGAAUAUUUAGUUGAUAAAGCGCUCAAGGAAAUCAGUAGAGAUAGAACAGUACUAACUAUAGCGCACAGACUGAGCACCAUACAAUCAGCUGACGAAGUAGCCGUUGUAGGAGACGGCGUUAUCGUCGAAAAGGGAACUUAUACCGAAUUGAUGGCAAAAUCAGACGGGUACUUCAAAGAACUUAUAAAUCACCAAGCAUUUAUAAAUUCUCAGCCUAAAAAUACAACAGAUGUACAAAACAGCUAAUAUAAACCGAAACUAAUUAUUUUCGGUAUAGGACCUCUUUUACUAAUAUACAUCGAAAUAUUUUUGUACAUAUGUUAUACUAUUAUGACUAUUUAAAUUUUUUUUUGUGCAAUUUCAUAGAGAUCCUUAAAAUAAUG